UCUAACUAACCCCCUCAGACGGAGCCUCAGCGACGAUUCACGGCAAAGUUACCCGACAGCAGAGAGGCUGUCGGCAGGCGGACGUCCAAUGUUCGUCGGGCAGAACAUGCUGUCUCUGUGCCUGGUCUGGGGUUUUGUCUUACACGGCUCAGGACAUCUGUCUCAUGUCCAGCAGUACGAAGUGGUCCGACCUCAGAGACGUCACGAGAGACGGAGCAGGAACCUUCAGGACAACCAGCUUUAUCCUGACGCAGUUCAGUAUGACUUGAUGAUUGAAGGCAAAAACCACUCUGUUCAUCUGGAAAAGAACAGGAAUCUUAUUGGUGAACGUUACACUGAAACAUAUUAUUCAGAGGAUGGAAAAAGGGUGACAACAUCACCAAAUGAGGAACAUUGCUUCUACCACGGACAUGUUCAAGGUGAGGCUGACUCCUCGGUCAGCGUGGGAAUCUGUUCGGGCAUCAGCGGCUUUCUGAGAGUCCGGCAGCAGGUUUACCUGAUCGAGCCUCUGGGACAGACUGCGGACGAAGAGCACGCUGUCUACAGACAGGAGCACCUGACGACGCCCGGCCAGCCCGGCACUGGCUUCUCUUCUAAUGCCUCCAGGUUGUUUGAUCGGGACCAGAACCAGGAGCCAAACCCUCAGCCAGAAGGCCUCUUCAGGUCCAGAUCAUGGAAAACAAAAUCACCACCAGGGCCUCAGAAGUUUGUCGAGCUGUACGUGGUGGUGGACAGCACUGAGUACAAACAGUAUGGAGACGAUACCAGGUCACGUAUUCUCGGUGUUGUGAACCACAUUGAUAAGCUGUACCGCUCCAUCAACAUCCGCAUCAUGCUGGUGGGCUUGGAGAUUUGGCUCUACAAAGAUCUCGUCGUCGUGGACAGAAACCCAGACACGACUCUGGAGAACCUGAUGGUGUGGCGCCAGGCCGACCUCCUGAAGAGAGCAAAGCAUGAUAACAUCCAGCUCGUGACGGGCAAAGACUUUUCUGACGACACAGUCGGACUGGCCAAUAAGUUUGCCAUGUGCACCGUGAACUCUGGGGGAGUCAAUCAGGAUCACCAUGGUAACCCGCUCGGCCUCGCCUCCACCAUUGCUCAUGAGAUGGGGCAUAGCUUCGGCAUGUCCCACGAUGCUGCGGGGUGUGUGUGUGGCCCAGCUUACAGCAACAACUGCGUAAUGACUGAAAAGCUCAAUGUUGGAGGCCAGGGCUUCCCAGAUUUUUUCAGUGACUGUAGCAUCCGGCAACUCGCUCAGUUCAUGGAGAGAGCUCAGCCCAGCUGCCUGGACCCACCAGGCCGCAUCAGCACCAUCGCAUUAGGCCCUCACUGCGGUAAUGGCCUUCUGGACCGUGGAGAGGAGUGUGACUGUGGUACAGCAGAGGAAUGCAUCAAUCCUUGCUGCGAUGCCUCAACGUGUCGCCUGACUGAGGGAUCUCAAUGCGCUCAUGGAGAAUGCUGUGAAAGCUGUCAGCUGAAAGCGUCUGGCAGCAUCUGCCGGAGAGCUGCUGGUUCAUGUGACCUCCCUGAAUACUGCAGCGGUGACUCAGCGGAUUGUCCCGCAGACAGCUUCGAGAUGAACGGCAAGCCUUGUUACAGCCAGGCGCCGGGCUACUGCUACGACGGCCAGUGUCCCACACGAGCGAAGCUCUGUUGGAGGCUGUUUGGAGAAGGAGCUAAAGAGGGCCCUGAUUUUUGUUUCGACCUGAAUAAACGGGGUCAGGAAGGGGCCAACUGUGGGAGGGAUGGACAGAGCUUCAUCAAGUGUUCCCUUCAGGACAGGAAGUGCGGGUCUAUGUUUUGUGUUGGAGGGGAGGAGCCAAUCACUGGUAAAUACACGGCCUUCAGAGUGUGGGGUGCGACGUGUAGGGUUCCUGUUGAGGUGGAUAGUACCAGAAACUUUGAUAUGGUGCCAAAUGGAACCACAUGUGGAGACAAUAAGGUUUGCCUCGGCAGCAAAUGUGUGGAUGUCUCAGUUUUCGGCAAAAGAGAGGAGUGUGCAAAGAAAUGUAACAACAACGGGGUGUGUAACCACAAGAAUGAAUGCCACUGUAAUCCUGGGUGGGCUCCGCCGCACUGUGACAUCAAAUAUGCAGACAUACCUAAAGGUCAGACUGUGAUGAUAGCUGGAGUGUGUGCAGGGGUCUCGACCCUGCUGGUGAUCACACUGGUGAUCGCAGGACUGAUGUGCUGCAGGAAGAGCAACAUAAGGGACAGAAACAUGUAUAAAAGGAAAAAACAAUCAUCUCCCGGUAAACUGAACCCCGGGUUUCAGGAAAAAGCCGUCAGGGACAGACCUCAGAUCAGCCAGCCCACUCUGAUGGAGUCCACUUCCUCCCAGGUCUGCCGUCCUCUGGUUGUUGCUGUGUCUCCCCAGCCUGCUCCAAAACCUCCUUCAGUUUCCUGCACCUCUCAGGCCGAGCCGACGAAACCCGUACCUCCAUCCAGACCUUUAUCUCCUCUGAAUAAACCAAAGAGUCAUGGAGCCAAACCUCGUCCUCCACCCGUACCUCCGGUCAAACCCUCCCCUCCUGUUGUUGCCAGAUUCAAGAAUCCCCCUCCGCCUCCUCCGCAGGCGAAGCCUCGCUUCAUCAGACCUGCUUGACGUUCUGGUUGGUCUGAAGGGUUGAAAAUACACUGACGGUGGAGGAGCUAAAGUUCAAAUAACUUUAACAACUCAAGAGCAACAGUUGCACAGCUGCUGUGCAACUGGGAUGUUUUUACUCUGUUGACAAAAACAAAAACUCUUUUCUACAUUUUUUACGUCAAAUACCGACAUGCACUUUGACUUUUUGGGGGUAUUUAUUUCACAUUAGUGUAGCUAUAAGUAAUGUAUUAAAGUUAUUUAUUUUUCCUUUAGGGUUAAUUUUUAUAAAAGUAUAUUGCCUUUUUUUAAAAAAAAAAAACUUUUAUUCUGAAGGCCUCCUUUUCUUACUAUGUGUGUCUUUGGACACAAACUUUGACUAUAACCUGCUUUUCUAAUGUCUCUGAAUAACAGGCUGAGGGCAGACGGGUCUCGUUGAAUAUUUUCUGCCCAAUAAAGCCUCCAAAUAAAGGCUCGCCGGUCAGAUGCCUGAUCCACUUUAAUGUGAAGGAGCAGUUCUGCUCCCACUCCCUGCCCCCGUCCUCCUGACCUCGUCUCUACGGCCGAGUCCACCGCUCUGCGGAUUGGACCGGACUUCAUUUGGACUCCUGCUGUUCUAGCCCUGACCCGUAUCUCUUAACAGCAGACGAGGAUCAGAAAGCGCUGCUUUUUGAUUAAACUCUCAUUCACCUUGAACAACUCAGGCAGCGCUAAUCUACUUGAGAUAAAGUCUGAGUCAGAAGGUCUAAUUCUGAAAGAGUCGACAAACAAAACCUCGAUAAUGGCUCCUUUUUUAAAAAUAAUAAAGGUUCCAAUUAAAAACAAUAGUCCCCUCUCCCGCUCCCCUCUGUCUUUUGUUUUACUUUCACAAAUUGAAGUGAACUUCACUCAAAGCCAGUCUACAUGUUUUCUACGUUUUGUACUUGACAGCUUAUGAAUGGUACCUGCGUAUGGGAGGCUUUGCGCGGCUCAGACGAGCCGUCGAUGUUUCGCUUCUCUGCGUGACUUUUGACUUGUCUUUAAACCACUGCUGUCUCCACUGCAACAGCCGGGGGGACACACGAAGUCAUACCUUUACUACCAAAGCACAAAAUAUGUUCAGUUUUGUCUUUGUAGUAAAAUAAAUGACAGAUUGAAUGUGAAAACCAUUUUUGUUGUUGUUCGCAACAAAUAAAGUGUCACUUAAGUUUGCC